GUCCCGGAGCUGAUGCGCGCUGUGUGCGCCGGGACGCCCGGGCGUGCGCUCUGCAGCGCGGAAAUAGUCUCUUGAAGUAGUGUCUACCUUGGAUGCCUGGGUUCCAGGGCCUGCUGUUGCGGCGCUCCACGAAUCAUCCAGCUGAAGGAGAAGCCCCGUGGAACUGGCUGUUAGGACUGGAAACGGUGGCUCGCUGGAAACGGUGGCUCACUGGGAAUGGUGGCUCGCUGCUGCCCAGCAUCAGGACAGAGGAUCCUACCACAUAUUGCUAGCCUGGGAUUUCUACUGAAUGAGAAUUGCUUUCACACCAUUGUAAACUUGAACCGUUGUUAAGUCAGACUAUCAGCCUUCUAAGGAUGAAUGAACAAAAACUGGAAACAACUCUACAGCCACGGAAACUUCCUGAAUGGAUGUCUGUGCAGAAUCAGGGAUGUGCAGUAGAAGAAGGAAAGGCAUCUAAUCAGAAGAGUGUUUUUGAAGAUGACCUCCCAUUCUUAGAAUUCACUGGAUCCAUUGUGUACAGUUAUGAAGCUAGUGAUUGUUCUUUCCUAUCAGAAGAUAUUAGCACGAGUCUGUCUGAUGGAGAUGUGGUGGGAUUUGACAUGGAAUGGCCACCAAUAUACAGUAAAGGGAAUCUAAGCAGAGUUGCAUUGAUUCAGUUGUGUGUGUCAGAGAGCAAAUGUUACUUAUUUCAUAUUUCUUCUAUGUCAGUUUUUCCUCAGGGAUUAAAAAUGCUGCUUGAAAAUGAAGCAGUUAAAAAGGCAGGGGUAGGAAUUGAAGGAGAUCAGUGGAAACUUCUACGUGACUUUGACGUCAAAUUAAGGAGUUUUGUGGAGCUGACAGAUGUUGCCAAUGAAAAGCUGAAAUGUGCAGAGACCUGGAGCCUCAAUGGUUUGGUCAAACACCUCUUCGGUAAACAACUUCUGAAAGACAAGUCUAUCCGCUGUAGCAAAUGGAAUUAUUUUCCUCUCACUGAGGACCAGAAACUGUAUGCAGCCACUGAUGCUUAUGCUGGUUUCAUCAUUUAUCAAAAAUUAGAGAUUUUGGGUGAUGCUGUGCAAAUGUUUGCUAUAAAUAAAGAGGAGGAAAUACUACCUAGUGUUGUGAAGAAACAAUUGACUUUAAUCUCGGAGGAGGUGAUAGAUCUGGCUAAGCAUCUCCCUGACACUUUCAGAAAAUUGGAAAAUCCACAGAGGAUUUCUGUACUAAUAAAGGAUAUUUCAGAAAAUCUGUGUUCCUUGAGGAAGGUGAUGUUUGGUUCUACCAAGACCGAACCGAGGCCUAAUAGUAAUUUUAACUUAUUACCUUUGGAAGAUCCAACUGCUGGUGGACUACAGCAGCAACAAAUGAAAGAACAUAAAAUUUUCACUGACGUUAAAGAUGAGACACAGGACAUGUUAGGUGAUUUAAUUAAAGAUGGUAUAGAAAACGUACUUGGAAAUGAAGUGAAACAAGAAAAAGGUGGAUUUGAAGAUGGACUAGAAGAUACUAAGUUGGAAGAGAAUACAGAAAGAGCUUGUUUGAUGUCAUUAGAUAUUACAGAAUAUGAACUUCAGAUUUUGGAACAGCAGGCUCAAGAAGAAAAUCUUAGCGAUGUUUCUUCCAAAUCUGAGCAUCUAUCUUCCAAGGAUAAUGAAGAGGACACAUCUUAUGUAAUCGAAAGUGAUGAAGACUUAGAAAUGGAAAUGAUUAAGUCUUUAGAAAACCUAAAUAAUGACACAGUAGAGCCAAUGCAUUCAAAAUGCAUAGAAAUGGAAAGAGAUCUGGAUGUUCCUUCUGAAGGAGAUGAUGAAGAUGAGAACGAAGCUAUUGAAGAAGAAGAGGAUGGUGAAGGACCUAAUGAAAUGCAAGUGAUUUGCCUCAAGACCUACUUUGGCCAUUCCAGUUUUAAGCCGGUUCAGUGGAAAGUGAUUCAUUCUGUAAUGAAGGAAAGAAGAGAUAAUGUUGUUGUCAUGGCAACUGGAUAUGGAAAGAGUUUGUGCUUCCAGUAUCCACCUGUUUAUGUAGGAGGCAUUGGUCUUGUCAUCUCUCCUCUUAUUUCUCUGAUGGAAGACCAAGUGCUCCAGCUGGGAAUGUCCAACAUUCCAGCUUGUUUUCUGGGAUCAUCACAGUCAAAAAGUGUUUUGGAGGAUAUCAAAUUAGGCAAAUACCGGAUUGUAUACAUGACUCCAGAAUUCUGUUCAGGUAACUUGGACCUACUUCAGCAGCUUGAGGCUAAUAUUGGUAUCACACUUAUCGCUGUGGAUGAAGCUCACUGUAUUUCUGAGUGGGGACAUGAUUUUAGAAAUUCAUUCAGGGCUUUGGGCUCCUUGAAGGCAGCCCUCCCGUCGGUUCCAAUUGUUGCACUUACUGCCACUGCGAGUCCUUCCAUCCGGGAAGAUAUUGUACAUUGCUUAAGGCUGAAGAAUCCUCAGAUUACUUGUACUAGCUUUGAUCGACCAAACCUGUAUUUAGAAGUUGGACGAAAAACAGGAAAUAUCCUUCAGGAUCUGAAGCAAUUUCUUGUCCAAAAGCAAAGUUCUGCGUGGGAACUUGAAGGGCCGACUAUCAUCUAUUGUCCUUCCAGAAAAAUGACAGAAAAAGUUACAGCUGAACUUAAGACCCUGAAGUUAGCCUGUGGAACGUACCACGCAGGCAUGCAUAUUAAUUUAAGGAAAGAAGUUCAUCAUCAGUUCAUGAGAGAUGAAAUUCAGUGUGUCAUAGCUACCAUAGCUUUUGGAAUGGGCAUUAAUAAAGCUGACAUUCGCAAAGUCAUUCAUUAUGGUGCUCCUAAGGAAAUGGAAUCAUACUACCAGGAGAUUGGUAGAGCUGGCCGUGAUGGACUCCAAAGUUCUUGUCACCUACUCUGGGCUCCAGCAGACAUUAACUUAAACAGGCACCUCCUUAGUGAGAUACACAACGAAAAGUUUCGAUUAUACAAAUUAAGGAUGAUGGCAAAGAUGGAAACAUAUCUUCAUUCCAGCAGGUGUAGGCGACAAAUCAUCCUGUCUCAUUUUGAAGACAAACAACUACGAAAGGCCUCUGUGGGUAUUACGGGAACUGAAAAAUGCUGUGAUAAUUGCAGGUCCAGAUUGUAUCAAUGCCUUUCCAUUGAUGACUCAGAAGAUAUGUCACAGGACUUUGGUCAACAAGCAUUCCAGCUCUUAUCUGCUGUGAGCAUCUUAGGAGAAAAGUUUGGAAUUGGGGUUCCGAUUUUAUUUCUCCGAGGAUCUAAUUCCCAGCGUCUUGAUCAAUACCGCACUCACAGUUUCUUUGGUACUGGCAAGGAUCAAACAGAGAGUUGGUGGAAGGCUUUUUCCCGGCAGCUCGUAACUGAGGGGUACUUGAUAGAUGUUCCUGGGCAGAAUAAAUAUAUAAAGAUUUACACUCUUACAAAAAAGGGUAGAAAUUGGCUUGAAAAAGCCAGGACAGAAUCUCCUCAGAGACUUAUCCUUCAAGCUAAUGAAGAAUUGUGUCCAAGAAAGUUUCUUCUACCAAGUUCUAAACCUGCAUCUUCAGGCACAGAGCGGCAUUCCUCUAACCAAGGACCAGCUGGAGUAACUGUGGAGAAGGAGCAGUCUAACUUGGAGAAGAUGUAUUCUUACACAGCAUUUGAUAAAAUUUCUUCUCGGAGUAACAUUCCUAUAAAAAGCAUGAUGGUACAGUCACCAGGAAAAUCUUACCAGUCCUCAGAACCUGUUAUUUCCACUAAAGAGCAAGAGACUCAGACUCUGUUAUAUAGCAAAUUGGUAGAAGCAAGGCAGAAACACGCCCAUAAAAUGGAUGUUCCUCCACCUAUUCUGGCAACCAAUAAGAUACUGGUGGAUAUGGCCAAAAUGAGACCUACUACAGUUGAAAAUGUGAAAAAGAUCGAUGGUGUUUCUGAAGGCAAAGCAACUAUGCUGGCUCCUCUGUUGGAAGUCAUCAAGCAUUUCUGUCAAAUAAAUAAUCUUCAGACAAACUUCUUUUCAAGUACAAAACUUCAAGAACAGAAGAAAAGUUUGGUGGCAAAAAAUGAACUCUGCACACUUUCACAGUCUGUGGCCGUCACAUAUUCGUUGUUCCAAGAAAAGAAGAUGUCUUUGAGGAGUGUGGCUGAGAACAGGGUUUUGCCCAUCUCAGAGAGGGAGUAA